AUGGCUUCACCCACCCAACCGGAGCCUGGCGGUAGCUCCCAUUUGCAGACCGCGACGCACAGGUCCCAGCAUGGUGCUUCUUCCACCAAUCGACCCCCCGAUGAAGAAAUCUGUUCCGUGAAGCGUCUCUUAGAGCUUUGUCGAGAGACUUCGGUCGACAAACUUGAGAAUGGUCUCAAACUUGGCAUCGAGCUUCUGCAGGAACUAUGGCCGGUUGUUCACGAUCUCAACUCUCCUAGCGGAAAUCGGCACCUCAAGACGAUAGAAGGUCUUUUGCAAGCUGGCAAGCGUACUCGAACCGUCAUUGGUGUUGUGGGAAGCACUGGAUCGGGCAAAUCAUCGGUCUUGAAUGCUAUUCUGAACGAGUCGCAACUGCUUCCCACCAACUGCAUGCGAGCCUGCACGGCCUCAGUUACCGAGUUGAGCUUCAACUAUUCGAUAGACCCCAGCAAGAGAUACUACGCUGAAGUCGAGUUCAUCUCCACUGAGGAUUGGGCCAGCGAGCUGGAGCUUUUUUGGGAUGAUUUGAUUGAUUCCAACGGCAAGAUUCGCCCAGAAGCCAAGGCCAAAGAUGGGGAUGCAAGAAUCGCCUUUGACAAGGUCAAAGCUGUUUACCCAACUUUUGGAAAGUCUGCCUCAUCAGUCUACGACCAUAAAGAACUGGCUAAAGAACCGAUGGUCCUGGAAGUGCUCGGAACCACGAAAAAGAUUCAGGCAAAAACGGCGGCAGAAUUUGCCAUUCAGCUUAAACCAUACAUCGACUCGAAGGAGCGCGGCGGCAAUACCGAUGUGAUGGAAGCAUGGCCGCUCAUCAAGGUUGCUCGUAUUUACAUCAAAGCAGACGCCCUGGCGAACGGGGUUGUCCUCGUGGAUCUACCAGGAGUCCACGAUAGCAAUGGAGCACGAGCGGCCGUCGCUGACAAGUUCAUAGAGGAGUGUAGCGGACUGUGGAUUCUCGCGCCAAUUCAACGUGCAGUAGACGACAAGUCGGCCAAGACGUUGAUGGGGGCUGCUUUUAAGGAGCAACUAAAAUUCGACGGAAUGUUUGACAAAGUGACAUUCAUCUGUUCCAAGACGGACGAUAUCCCCGUCUCUGAGGCGGUCCAGAGCCUCAAACUGGAUGAAAUGGCCCAAGAACACUGGAAGCGUGUCGACGAAAUUCAACGCAAGCGCCGUCGUGCCACGGUAGAAAACGAAAAGCUCGAGUUCAAGCGGGACUCGCUUGAACAGGACAAAGAUCAGAAGUGGGAGGAGCUUUCCAAAUGGGACGAAUUGUCUAGAGACUUCAGUAGGGGGUUGCCAGUUCACCCGCCGCCACCAGAAGUGGUGUCCAGGAAACGCAAGCACCGGACUCGCCAGACAUGCGAUCGCAAGGAUCGCCCACCCGAGGCUGGCGAAGAGGCUCUCUCGAGUGAAGACGAACUUGCAGAUGAUGAACAAACUGGCAGUAACCCAGCGAUGACCCAGCCUUUGACACGUACGGAGAUUGACCAAAAGAUUGCUUCACUCAAGGAGACUUUGGCACAACUGAAACCACAGCUGCAUGAGGCCGAAGCAGAGAUCUACCAGUCCUUCAAGACGUUGAAAGAGAAGUUGAAGGCUUUCAAGAAGGAAGAAGCUGAGCUGCAGAGUGCAUUUAAGGCGAUGUGUAUCAAAGGCCGAAACGAUUAUUCCCGCAAGGCGAUCCAGCGGGACUUUGCCUUGGGGAUUAAAGAGCUAGACGAGGCGGCUCAGAUUGAAAAAGACGAGAGUUCAUUCAAUCCCGACGUGGACUUUCGUGACUACGCCAAAGUCGCUGAUUCUCUUCCCGUCUUCUGCGUUAGCAGUCGAGCCUAUCAGCAAUUGUGUGGCCGCAACAAGCGAGACAGGUUCGAAAUUGAAGGCUUUAGCUGUGUGGAGGAUACGGAGAUUCCUCAGCUUGUCAAGCAUGCCCAAGGGACGACCGAGGUCACCAGAGUCGGCCAGUGCAGGCGUUUCCUGAACGAACUGCUCCGGCUAGUCGUGUCAAUGUUAAUAUGGACAAGCUCCCGUGAAGUCAAAACGGAGAUGACUCUUGAAAAGCAAAACUUCAUUCAAGAGGUUUUGCGUCGAGAGCUUAAGGCUUUUGAGCAAGCCCUGGCUACGGCAGUCGAUCUCUGCGUGACAACAAUUGAAAAUCACUUCUGCAACUUGAUCUUCUCAACUAUUGGCUCCAAGAUCCCAGCAGCCAAAUCCGCUGCCGUAGAUGUUUGCCGAGGCUGGAGUGCACCCAAACGUGAGGGCGGUAUGUACUGGCAAACUUACCGGGCUACACUCAAGCGCAAGGGUCAGUAUCAUGGUGCUGCUGGCCCAAGAAAUUUUAAUCGCGACCUCCUUAAGCCCAUCAUUCCGCCUCUUGCGUCGGCCUGGGAAAAGACGUUCCAGCGACGAGUCCCCGUCGCGCUCGACACGUUCACUACUUCGGUCCAAACAGCCUUGCGUGUCCUACACACUCAGGUCACCAACGCGAACAACCCCCCGGGUCCCAACCAAGAUCUUACCACCCUGGGCUGGCAAAUGGAUAGAUACUUGGCAGCUGCAGCUGGGAUUCCGGAUCUUCUGGAGCAACAAAUAAGCAACGCCCAGCGCCAGGCCAGUCGUCAACUCACGCCCGUCAUUGUUCUCAAGAUGACACCUGGGUACCGUAAGGCUUCAGAACAAAAAGGGGUUGGCUUAUACAAGCAUAUGAAAAGCAUCAUGGCUGGUCAUGUCGAAAUAGUCCGGAAUACUAUGUUCGAGCAAGCCAAGGAGGCGAUGCAGGGGCAUUUACAAGCAAUAAUAGACAAUGCCGAAGAAACCCUGACGAAUAUAGCAUCAGAUAUCAAGGCCGUGAUACUCGAAGAUUAUGCAGGCGUGCUGCUGAGGAACAAUACCGGGCACGAAAGCAACAAUGCGCAGCACCUGGUAAACAAUGCUGAGCAGUUGAGAAAUAAUGACGAGCACCUGAAAAAAAUCGCAGAAAUCCUCGCCACUGUGAACAAGCAUUUCUCACCUGCUUAUGAAGCUGCCCCGGCUACAGGAACGGUCAAAGAGUAAAUCACCUCUUUGACUCAACAACCCAUCGUUGAAAACCCGAGUCCAAAACUGGGAAGUAAAG